AUGGCAGUGCGAGACAUCAUGCGCAACGACAGCGGGGAGAAGACUGUGACUGUCUCAGAUCCUGCUGAGCUUUCAAACCUUCAAGAUGGAAGGGAAGACAUUGAUUUCCCCGAGGGAGGAUUGAAGGCCUGGUCGGUUGUACUUGGGGCAUGGUGCGCAAUGAUACCGUCCAUGGGCUUAUUGAAUAGCCUCGGUGUCCUUCAUGCUUGGACUAGCACCCAUCAACUCAAGGAAUAUUCGGAAUCGAGCAUUGGAUGGAUUUUUGGCGCAUAUGGCUUUUUCCUUUAUUUUGCGGGUGCCCAAACAGGGCCAAUUUUCGAUACAUAUGGCCCUAGCGUUGUGGUGAUUCCAGGAUCGUUCGGAAUGGUUGUUUCUCUGAUAUGCUUAAGUUUCAGUGAAGAAUAUUACCAGAUCUUUCUUUCCUUUGGUGUGUUAGGUGGAUUGUCUGCUUGCACACUCUUUAAUCCAGCUAUCACUGCCGUCGGCCACUGGUUCAAUGUGCGUCGAGGCUACGCGACCGGCAUCGCCUGCACAGCUGGUGGAAUCGGCGGCGUGAUUUUCCCUCUGAUAAUCCUCUUUGCAGCACCCAAGAUCGGAUUUCCAUGGGCCAUCCGUAUCAUUGCCUUUAUAAGCGCGCUGAUGUGUGCUGUUGCUUGCGUGCUUCUGAAGACUAGGUUUCCAGGCAAUCUCAAGGCAGGGACGUCUGUGGACUUUAAGGCCUUGAGAGAUAUCAAGUAUGCUUCUACCACAGCUGCAGUAUUCUUGGUGGAAUUUGCAGUCUUCAUCCCGGUCACAUAUAUUGCAUCCUAUGCUAUACAUGUCGGUGUGGAAGAUACCAUGUCCUACCUCGUUAUAGCUUUUCUAAAUCUCGGGGCUAUUCCAGGGCGCUUCUUGCCAGGCUUAGUAGCGGAUCGAGUCGGCCGAUUUAAUAUGAUGGUAUUGACAUCGGUUGUCUGCGCAAUUCUCAUUCUCGCACUUUGGUUGCACGCGAGUGACAACUUGGCAUCGAUUAUCUGCUAUGCAGUGCUCUUUGGCUUCUGGAGUGGAGCCGCCAUCAGUCUCACACCAGUGUGCAUUUCUCAAGUGUGUGCCACAGAGGAUUAUGGAAAGAGGAGCGGGACUACGUUCACGAUCACCAGUGUUGGUAUGCUUACUAGUAUACCAAUUGCCGGGGCGAUCCAGCAGCAGAAUGGAGGGGAAUACGGGGGAUUGAUUAUCUUCGGUGGAGUUCUGUACUUGGCGGCUGCUCUUGCUUUUGCUGUGGCUCGUGGUGUAUGUCGAGGGUGGUCGCUCAAGACCAAGUUUUAG